AUGGUUAAAAUUGGACAAUAUUUUACUAGACCUUCAAUAUUCCAUAGUUUAUUAUUUGGAACAGUUUCUGGUGUGGUAUUUUAUUCUUCUUAUAUCGGAUUAAGAGCAUUAAAGGUCAAAUUUUUUGAUACUGAUCAUAUCGCUAGGCAAAGUAGGUGGCGUUACUUGGAAAAACAACAAUUAUAUCAAAGAGAAUUAGCUCAAGAUAUGAAUUCCGCCUAUGUUGCAACCUUAGUUGAUGAAUAUGAUCCUGUAGCUCUAAGAACUCCAGGAACACCCAUGUAA